AACAAGACACCAGAGUGUCAUUACAAAGAAGGAAGGUUGGAUCAUCGUGUGCAGAAUUUUACUUGAAUUUUGCAGUUGUUUUUUUAUGAUUAUUUUUGGAUUCAACAUUUGAAGAAGAAAAAGAAAUGGGAAUAGCAGUAAUCUUUGUCCUCUGCAGCUUGGCAGUAGGUAUUACUCGGACUGAGGUGAUUUUAAAGGCGGACAGACCCUAUUUAAGGGUGCUGGUCUCUGACGUUCCUCAACUGUUUUGCUGCUACAAAGGAAAGCCAGAGCUGGUCACUUGGUUCAAACGUCGUAAAUCUGGCAACGGCACUGUCAGUGUGCAAAGCAAUAGGGUUUUGCAGAAUAUGCCUUCCGAAGAUGACACUUUGUGCAGCAUCCUAACCUUCGCGCCAGUCCAAGUGAAUGACUCUGGACUGUACCAGUGUUUGCUGAACAGCAGUAAAGAGUUCACUCAUGGCACCUACCUUCACGUCUACAAGCCACUUGAGAAGACAAUAGACAUGACGGAAAGCACCAAAAACAAGAUCCUGACAGCCGAGGGAAUCCUGCUGUUACUGUGUGUGCUGGUGCCCUCCGCCACGCUUCUGUUCAAGUCAAAGACCUUACAUGAACUGCAGAAGAAGAAAGAGAAGAAGGAAGAGGAAAACAUAUAUCAGGGGCUAAAUCUGGAUGAUUGUUGCGCAACUUAUGAUCAGAUUGAACGCUCCCAGGCAAUGGGUCAGUACCAGGAUGUGGCCAACAUUGUGGAAGAAGGGGAGGAAGCGCAGCUCGAGAAACCAUGAAAGGAAGCCAAGAGAGAAGAUUGUGAAGUGUGUGAAAUCUUUAGCGUCUGAAAACAUAUUGCUUAACCACAUUCAGUCUUUUAAAAAAAUUAAAAUAGCCGUUGAUAAUACAGUCAUACUACUUAUUUAGAGCUGUUACCAGGAUUUUAGCCCGCUUAAGUUUCAUCUAUUUUGUUCAUUAAAACAAACAGCUGUGUGUGCUGUCUAUUUUUAGGACAAAGAAUAUGAAAUGCUGGUCAGAUGAUCAACAGUGAAAAAUGCUCACGAGAUGCUAGUUGCAGAGGAGAUUGUGCACAAAUGAACUCCUUCACAGUCCCUUGUGGUGGGAUUAUUUUUUGCUAUCAGCUUCUUUAAUGUUUAUAUAAGCUUCUAUAAAAUUAAUGUCUACUGUGCGACUUCAUGAUGUGUGACAAUCUGUGUGCUUUCUAUUGUUUCUGUGAUUACUGGAAGAAUAAACAGUGUUAAAAACAACAACAACAA